UGCCUGAAUAACUAACUGCAUCCAGAUCUUGGCUUUCCUGGGCGGCCUGGUUGGGCUUGGUGCCACCUUCUGUGCCACGUUGUCCAACGAAUGGAGGACCACCAGCAGAGCCUCCUCUGUCAUCACGGCCACAUGGGUCCUCCAGGGACUGUGGAAUAACUGUGCUGGAAACGCCAUUGGAGCCCUGCACUGCAGACCACACCACACUAUCUUCAAACUGGAAGGUGAUGACACAACUUUUUGCCGUGGCCAAUGUGUAAUCCUCAGGAAAGACUGAGAGAACAGGCGGUUCACGUACUGAAUCACAGUGGCUCCUGUAUGAGGCACCUGCCAGUGUACAGGACAACAUGUAAAAAUAGAGACAUAGCUCUGCCAAAUGCAGUGGCCAUUAUAGGCUUGGUUGAGAAGAACUAGUAAUUGUAGUUAUAACAUUGCUGAGAUAUAUUUUUCAGCUGUGUUCAAUCUCUUCUGAGGACAUUGAAAAGGUAAUUGACACCAUGAUAUUUCUCUGUUGUCCCAAAGUACAGAGGCUAUAAAGGAUAAAUUCCCAGUGACACAGGCAAUCAUAUGCCACGUUUCUGGAUCAUUACUUUGGCAUUGUUGACUUAAGAAAUGUAGCACUUUGUGAUACUGCCUUUUUUGGGCUGCAUUCUGUGCAUGUCAAGUGCACGUUGAUCUCUCAAAACUCCCUCAUGUGGUGGUGUUUGAAACUGUGCACAUGUACAAUAGUUUACCACUAGAUGGGCCACUAACGUAACUGUAAAAAAUAGUUAGGAAGAAAGUAUUCCUUCUGUAUCCCUAUGAAUGUACUCUAGGAUCUAUGGCUAUGUACAGCCAUUUGUUUGCUUGUUUUGUUAACUAGUUCCUUCCUGUUAUGUGAACUACAUAUUUCCUGUUUUGGUAACUAGUUCCUUCCUGUUAUGUGAACUAGUUACUUCCUGUUAUGUUAACUAGUUCCUUCCGGUUAUGUUAAAUAGUUCCUUCCUGUUUAUGUUAACUAUGUCCUUCCUGUUAUGUUAACUAGUUCAUUCCUGUUAUGUUACUAGCUCCUUCCUGUUUUGUUAACUAGUACAUUCCUGUUAGGUUAACUUAUUCCUUCCUGUUUUGUAAACUAGUACGUUCCUGUUAUGUUAACUAGUUCCUUCCUGUUUUGUUAACUAGUUCCUUCCUGUUUUAUUAACUAGUUCCUUCCCAUUGUUUGUCAAAUCAGAUGUGUUGAUACUUCAUUUUUAACUACCAUGUCAUUGAGUUGCUCUACCUCUCUCUCUCUCUCUCUCUCUCUCUCUGUCUCUCUAUGUCUCUUUCUCUCUCUCUGAAGCAUCAGUCCAUGGUGCGGGUUAAUGAGUGAUCAGUAUUAUUCUACUUUUAACCUUCGGUCACAUUUUUUUGUUAUUUAAUACUUAAUAACUCCCCUAUGAGCAGGUUGUUACGACAGAGUCGAAAGUGGCUGUAUCAUGUCCCCCAUGCUAAAUGUGAUGAUCUCCUUUAGAUGUACAGGCUGGUUGUGCGACGUCCUCUAAGUUAUAGGCCUAUAAGUUCUAAAUCUUCGGAAUCACGUAUAUUUAUCCUCUUGUUAUGUGAGGCAUCAUAUAUGAAGUCAUCAUGACACAUUUUGACACAUCAUGACAGUGCAUCCUCUACCUUUGACCUUUCUGUACAGUUAACUCCCAUCAACUCUAUCACAGUGAGUGAUGUGUGUGAAGUGAGGGGGUGGAGGAAGCUAGACACCAUUGGUCAGUCAUUGACAACGAGGGCUAAACCCCUCCCUGAUGAAUAGGAAACAUUCCAGAACAUAUUAACCAUCAAUCCCACCAUGGCCAUUUAACCUGGGUUACUGCUCCAGAGCCCAUGCCUGAGAUUGUCUUCAACAAGCUUCAUUGGCCAGUGGACCGUCUUUUCUGUGACCUCUGUAUUUCUCACCAACUUCAGUAGUAAGCGCUGGUGUACUGUACAUGAUGAGUGAAAUGGUGACAGAGAUUUUGGCCUUUAUUCUGACCACAUCUGGCUGGGUCCUGAUCUCCUCCACCAUACCCACGGAUUACUGGAAGGUGUCCUCUCUGGACGGCACAGUUAUCACCACAGCUACCUACUGGUCCAACCUGUGGAAGGCAUGUGUAACUGAUUCAACAGGAGUCUCCAACUGCAAGGACUUUCCCUCCAUGCUGGCACUGGACGGUUAUAUUCAGGCCUGCAGGGGUCUGAUGAUCGCUGCUGUCUGCCUGGGCUUCUUUGGUGCUGUCUUUGCCCUGGUCGGGAUGAAGUGCACCAAGAUUGGGGGAUCAGACCAAAGCAAAGCCAGAAUGGCUUGCUUCGCCGGGGUCAAUUUCAUAUUCAGCGGUCUCUGCUCGUUGUCCGCAUGCUCCCUGUACGCACACAGAAUAACAUCUGAGUUUUUUGACCCCAUGUUUGUUGCUCAGAAGUAUGAACUGGGAGUUGCCUUAUUCAUUGGUUGGGCAGGAUCUAUCCUGUGUGUUCUGGGAGGGGGGAUAUUCUGCUUCUCCGUAGUAGAUAGUUCCACUAGAAGCUCCAGUCACACAGGCUAUUCCUAUGGAGGACCUGCCUCCACCUCCCAUGUCUCUUCCCACCCUAGAGGGAAUGCACAACCCAUGAGCCAGCGGCCUCCACCCAAAUACAGCAGCUCCUCCAGAGCACAGCACUUUGAUAAGAAUGCCUAUGUAUAAGGGAUGAUAGGGAAAAUGCAGAAAUUGAACAGAGGAAGACUCAUCGCCUUUCCAGUUGAAAGGGGAGAAAGAAUGUGCUACGUGACUGGCUGGCCCAUUGUGUCACAAAUCACGAUUGGCCAGAGAGAAAUCACUGGAUAUUGGAGUGGAUCCUGCUGUCCACCUACUUAUAAAGGAAUUCAUUUCCAUUCGGAGUCGAAUGGAAAUCAUAGCCUUUUGUUAGUUCACAAGAGAUUAGAUGAUAUUUGUUGGCUGAAAUUCUCAUGACAGAAGUUAAAGGAGCAAUCUGCAGUUGCUCCAUCCAUUUUUGGACUUAUAAAUGAAUUAUACGUACCCGUUGAGUCUUGAAGAAUAUAACUUCUAAGUGCCUCAUGUGCUUAGUUCAGCUGUCGUACCCCAUCAGAACCCAGCCUCAAAACAUGGUAAAAAACUAUAAUGUUGUUAUCAUUAAAGAUCAGUCCUUGCAUCCAUAGCACUGUCUAUGAAUUUGAGAGUGGUUACAUUUCUCCAGCCCCAUCCCUAAGCUUUUUUUAUGCAAGAAAUGAAAUAUAUUAUUAAUUAGAAAAAUACAACAUUAAAAUAGGGCAUCAACAUGUACCACUUUGUAUACACUUGAAUAGAUUUUGUUUUUGACAUUAAAGUGUAUGUGAGUUGUUA